AGGGUACCAAAACCUGAGGUAUGUGGCGUGCGGAUGAUGAUAAGCCGAGCACUUCGACUGCCUCAGCAAGACCUCCGACUUCAAAACACGCAAGUGUCACAAAUUUAGAACGAUCUAAAUCAUCGACAUCGCUUUUCAAACGGGCCAUUAGUCUUCAAUUUCUCGCGAGAAAAACGGAUAGCUUAGUGGACAGAGAGAAAGCGGCGUAUAUCAAAAUGCGAUAUAAGGAUACUGCAAAAUAUGUCAUCUGGCCAAUAUGCAGACUUCCGGAUAAAAUAGAGCAUCCAAAACAUGCUCCGCUAGUCCCGACUCCGCACGAUCCUCGAGCAGUUCUCAUGGAGCCUGAUCUGGAAGAUCACAAGUCUCCAUACAUGCCAGCCACCAUAAACCACGUUUUACGAUCGGAUUCCGAAGACUCGAGUGAUGCGGAACAAGUGCUCGAGAUGACACGUUGCUCUUCAACCGAAUCUACCAGCCAGUGUUAGUCAUAUUUCUUCAAAUUUCCGGUGCCAUCAAGACCAAAAUAAAAAGCUCAUCAAGUCUCCAAAAUGUGAUAAAAUCGUUGACCUUUUGACCAAUCUAUGUGGAAUUGUACAUUAGAAUAUUUAUUUGCAAUUAUAUUGGUUUUAAACAAAAAUGAAAACACAAAAUCAGAAUAAAUAUAGAGAAAAUGAAAAUAGAAAAACAAAACC